UGUACUACUGCGAUUUGUCUAGAGUGGGUAACGUUGAUGAAACGUAACGCUAAUAGUAAUGCUAUGAGAAAAGCAUUUACCGCAACUAAUACCGGCUAGAUUAGUAUUACAGUUUUUAUUACAAAAUUUUAUUUAUUAUUACAGAUCACAUUUUAUUAUGAGCCCACUGUACUCUAUAGCCUUUCUUUUUCUGCUUUGUUUUACAUUAACAUCUAGUGAUGAACAUACUCAUAAAUAUGAGACAAAUGAAGAGGUAGUUCUAUGGAUGAAUACUGUGGGGCCUUAUCAUAAUCGGCAAGAAACUUAUGCUUAUUUUUCUUUGCCGUUUUGUACUGGACCUAAAAAAAGUAUUGACCAUUAUCAUGAAACGUUGGGGGAAGCUUUGUUAGGAGUUGAACUAGAAAUCAGUGGAUUUGAAAUCCACUUCAAAGCGAAUUCACCAAAAAACCCUUAUUGUGAUGUUGAACUCAAUGAAGAAAAACUUCAAGCCUUCAUUUAUGCAGUCAAAAAUCAUUACUGGUAUCAGAUGUAUUUGGAUGACUUGCCUGUUUGGGGAAUUGUUGGUGAAUAUGAAGAAUCUGAAAAUAGUUACUAUUUGUGGACACAUAAGAAAUUUGAUAUUGGUUAUAAUGCUGACCAGAUAGUUGAUGUCAAUCUUACAAGUGAAGCAAAAGUUAAGCUGGAGAAAGGAAAAAAGAUUACAUUCACAUAUGAGGUAAACUGGAAACCUUCUAGUGUAAAAUUUGAAGACAGAUUUGACAAGUAUUUGGAUCCUAGCUUCUUUCAGCAUAGGAUUCAUUGGUUUUCUAUCUUCAAUUCUUUCAUGAUGGUUAUCUUUCUUGUUGGUCUUGUCAGUAUGAUUCUUAUGCGAACAUUACGAAAGGACUAUGCUAGAUACAGUAAAGAUGAAGAAAUGGAUGAUAUGGAAAGAGAUUUAGGUGAUGAAUAUGGCUGGAAACAAGUUCAUGGUGAUGUUUUCCGACCUCCUGUGCAUCCAACUCUUUUCACUGCUCUUAUUGGAUCUGGGUAUCAAAUAACUGUAGUUAUUCUGUGUGUUAUCAUGUUUUCUAUUCUUGGUGAAUUGUAUACAGAGAGAGGCUCACUUCUAAGCACAUCUAUAUUUGUGUAUGCUAUUACUUCUCCGAUUAAUGGAUACUUUGGUGGAAGUCUGUUUGCUAGAAUGGGUGGGAAAAGAUGGAUCAGACAGAUGGUCAUGAGUGCAUUCCUUCUUCCCUCCCUUGUCUGUGGAACUGCAUUUCUCAUAAAUUUCAUUGCUAUUUACUAUCAUGCUUCGAGAGCUAUACCUUUUGGUACCAUGGUUGCUGUAACAUGUAUCUGCCUUUUUGUCAUUUUACCAUUGACUCUUGUUGGCACUGUUCUGGGCCGAAAUCUGUCUGGUCAACCAAAUUAUCCAUGUCGAAUUAAUGCUGUGCCGCGACCUAUUCCAGAGAAAAAAUGGUUUAUGGAACCAGGUGUCAUCAUUUGUCUGGGUGGAAUUCUACCAUUUGGCUCUAUAUUUAUUGAAAUGUAUUUCAUCUUCACUUCAUUUUGGGCAUACAAAAUUUACUAUGUAUAUGGCUUCAUGCUUCUAGUAUUUAUUAUCUUGGCUAUUGUCACUAUCUGUGUCACUAUUGUGUGCACUUAUUUCCUGUUGAAUGCAGAAGAUUAUAGAUGGCAAUGGACUAGUUUCUUGUCUGGUGCAUCAACUGCUGGUUAUGUAUAUAUGUAUUCAUUCUACUACUAUUUCUUUAAGACUAAGAUGUAUGGCUUGUUCCAAACUGCAUUUUAUUUUGGCUACAUGGCAUUAUUCAGUGCAGCACUUGGAAUUUUAUGUGGGACUUUUGGGUAUGUUGGAACAAGCAUAUUUGUCCGAAAAAUCUAUUCCACCGUUAAAAUAGAUUGAGUUCUACUGCUUUUGUAUAUACCAGUGAACAAACAUUUUCCAGAGAACUCUGCUGCCAUAAUGAUAAAAGUGCAAGAAAAGAUUAAAGACAUUCAUUCAAAGAUAUUAUUUCUUGUUUAGUGAGAACUUGCAGUGAUUAAAAAUGAAAACUAGAACUCUCCAAACAUCCCAUUUUAUUUAAAUGUGUUGCCAUGGAUGAAUGACCUCGAUUUACUAUAGAUGAUUGUGCAUAAUACAGACUUUUUAUUGGAUUUUAUAUCACUAUCAUCGUGGGAGCAUUCAAGAAUGAAUUGUGAUUGUAUCCCCUUUAUUCAUUAUGUUUGAGAAAGAAUGGAGCAGAAUUUACCUUGCACUAGGUAUGUGGUGCAUUAAAAAAAUAUCACGGCUAUUAUUUUUGUAACUAUUUACAAUAUAUCAGUUUCUCUUGUUUAGUAAUAAUUAGUCAGCUUUAUGAAAUCUUGUCAUUAUGGGCUUUCUUUUUUUUUUAGUGGUUUAUUUAUAGUGUUAUAACUGUUUUGUUAAUACGAGGGUUUUGUAUAAGCAUUAAUUGCAUAUUGAUCAGCUUAUAACAAAAGUAUGUGUCUGCAUCUCAUCUUUUAUUUAAUUUUUUUCUAUAUCUAUAGUGCAACAAAUAAAAUUUGAGAGAUGUUUCAGUGCUCUUGAACAAGA